GCUGGUCAACCUUGAAACGUUUAUAAUAUAUAGAUAGGUUUCUGUCAAUGUGAUUAUGCUGGAAAAUCCACGUUUGACAGUCAAGAGGUAUGGUAGGUUAGAAGAAAAUGCUAGAGAUCUGAGAGAAAAAAAGUAUAGUUUCAUUUUAAAGCACUUCACUUUCAAAGAAUGCAUUAAGUUUGUGCCAGACCCACAAUAUUCAACCGAAAGUUUACCAAGUAAUCGGUGCUUUUGUGGGGAAUAUGAAGAGAACCAUUAUAUGUUUGAGUCGAGUUCGAAAGCAGUUUCAAAAGAAUGGUCAGAGUCUACUUGUCUGAAAGUAAUGGGUCCAACAAACGCUUUUGGACAAAUUGAAUUUAUCACUGAAUCUACUUCAAACCAAAAGCCUACUGAGUUCGUUUGUGCUCAGUCCACCAUGAAACAAAAAACUGAAUGCGUUGACGAUGUAUACAAUUAUUGUGAAACAUGGUCGAUUUCGCCAACAGCAAUCAAAAUAUCCACGUAAGCUAAUUAAGCUUGGCAAAAGCCCUACCAUCACUAGCAUACACCUUAUUCAAGCCAUAAAGCGACUUG